UAAGAAAGAGCCCAGAAGCGAACUCCAAACUUACAUGGAUCUGGUAACUCCAUUGAAUCCCCUCGAACUCGAAGCUCCUGUUUUCAACCACCCAGCAGCCUCCAAACCAAAGCCGAACAAAGCUGCUUCACAUUUCAGGCUCAAAGAAAAAGCAGAUAUCUGGGAUUUGGGUUUGACACAGAGAUGGCCAAAAGAUUGAGCUCGCAGCUCUUCGUCAACAGAUUAUCAUCGUUCACUAAUAAUGAACAACUCAAGAGGCUGUUUUCUCCUUUUGGAGAUGUUACAGAAGCUAGAAUGGUUGUGGACCGUAUAACCCAAAGACCCAAAGGAUUCGGUUUUGUCACUUACAAGUCAGAUGUCGAGGCACAAAAAGCUUUGAAGGCCAUGAAUGGCAGGAUGGUUGAUGGGAGGCUAAUUUUUGUUGAAUUUGCCCAGAAUCAAAAACAGGAACAGGAUACCAAAUCUUGAUAAUGAGCUUGGAUCCCAAUAGAUAGCUUCUCCUUGGCUUAAAGAUAGUUUUUCAUAAUCAAAGGCAUCGUUCAUAUCUGUUGUAUAUGAACAGGUUUUUCAGUUCGUAUAAUUUUAAUUAGCCAUGUACAAGGUUCCUUUCAUAUUAUACCGAGAAUUUCUUACUACAAGUUAUUUGCAUAACUUUUUCGUAAAAGAUAUUAUUCAUAAGUAUCUA